AUUCUUGAUACAAUAUAUUCGCAGAUUCGUGACCAUUCGUAAAGGUCCUUUCUUUUUCUCGAAUCGUUUUGUCAGUUUGUGUUGUCGUACGUGAAUUUUCAAGCGAUAAAAUGAGUUUCGGCUUGCCAUCAAUCAUACCUAAGCCUACUGUACCUGAGCAAUUUGAAAUUAAAGGAGACACUAAUUAUGAUGUACCUAAUCCUAUGAUAUCAGGUUUGACGGCAACGAGACAGAAUGUUGGUUAUGCACAUCCCUUGGAAGCUUCGGAAAGAAAUUAUGUGAAAAAUCAAGAUCGAAUGAACAUGAUACUGCUUAGAAACACACAAGGAUUACAUGCACCAUUGCGUAUAGCGAUGGAAUUGAAAGCCACUGAAAAGAUUGGAAGACUUCCAUUUCUACCAUCAUCUAACAUGAUGCGGGAUGUCUUGCUUGGACGAGAUCAAGAUAUAGGAUUUGAAGAUAUUUUCAAUAUCCCAGAAUUCAGAGAACAAAUGGGACAGCCACAUGCUGUUGUAGAAAAUCAUCUUGGAAUAUUAUAAAAAUUAAGCAUCUAAAAAUUGCAUUUUCUAGUUUAAAAUGCAAAUUAAUAUAGAAUUAAUAAUAAGAAUUAUUAAUAAACAUUACUUUUUAUAAGUUAAA